AUGCCAGUACAAAUAGUUCCAGUUGUCGUUGUUGCUCUUGGUAUCAAGGCAACAAUUGGUGCCGCUCUUGCUACCGCCGGAGCCUUCUUUAAGAGUGCCUUCACCCAAGGUGUGGUCACUGGUGUCCUUGCCUCUGCAGGUUAUGACUGGGCCAAGAACAAGUUCACCCAACCCAACGAUGACAUUGCCGACAUUGCCUGGAGGUGGGAGGACAUUGCCAACAACAAGGAUUACAUUGCACCAAACCACAUCCGUGUCGUCUUGGUCAGUGAGCGCAAGGCCUGGGUCAAGCACGUCACGGUCAAAGCUCUGUUUGAUGGAGAGAACAUGGGCGGCCAAACCUUUGAGCCAACUCUCAAGGCUGGAAACAACGUUGGAUGGAAGUAUGGUAUCACCAGUGCUCCAGAUGGAGUUGUUGCCGACACCCCAGUGGCCUACCAGUACGCCGACUACCCCUUGCCAGUCACGGGCAACAUGUUGAUUGAGUUUAUCAAGCACAAGGGCUACUUGGGAGGUGGUUGGACCAAUGUGAUGCAGAUGUUCAUCCCCAAGUUCACCCGUGAGGAGAUCGAGGGUGUCAACACCUAUUGUCUGGUCAUCUACUGGAAUGAUGAUGGCACCCAGUUCUUCCAGAACAACCUAUCCUACCAGAUUUCCAUGGAGCAGAUCAACGAGUACAACAAGUACCAUGACAAGGAUUGCAUUGACCACAGAACAACCGUCACCACCGAGAACGACUAA